AUGGCCUCUAUCGAAAGUGUUGCGAAUACAGCAAAGAAGUUGGAAUGUCGUUUCUGUCAGAGAAUCUAUUCUAAAGCAGAGCAUUUGACAAGACAUGAACGUUCUCAUACAGGCGUACGGCCGUUUACUUGCAAAGAGUGUAACCGCGCCUUCAGUCGACAAGACUCACUAGCACGCCAUGAGAAGCUCCAUCUUCGAAGGGAGAGCAUGAAGUGUGCCUCACCUGCAACUUCGGCCCAUACGCCAGCCAAAUCUCACGCACUGCAGCAUUUGCUGGCAGCUGAUGAGGAGAUUGACACUCGCAAUCUUGUACCUCCCUCCGAUCAUGUUACCGCGCAAUCCUGGCAGGAACAACCGUAUCAAGUCGAACCCGAAAUGAUGGACAUGAAUUGUGCAACGGAUCUGGACUUUCAAUUGAUAUGGCCUGAUUCUGAGGAGCUGUUCCAGUCAAUCAUGUCUACGGACACGAUCUCACAUAUGCCAGUGGGCACUUUACCAUUCCCGCAGGGGCUUGAACAGUUUACACCAACCAGCCUCGAUUCGCCUUCUUCCUUUGAUGAUCGAGGCUCGGCUAUAAAGGCUAUACCUAAUGGAGGUGGGCACCAGGCUGUUCAUGGUGUCAGCAAGAUGAUUUCGAAUCUGUCGUCGAGCAUCACCGCAGAGGCCGAGUCUACGUCGAUUACUUCGGUGUUCUUAGAUGAAUGCCUGCACAUGUUCUUCGUUCGCUUUAUACCUACGUUUCCCGUAUUGCAUCGCUCCACAUUCGUCUUCCGAGAAUGUACACAUCCUUUGCUCCUCAAUGCCAUCGCCAUAGGCUCACUAUAUCUUGGGCCCAAGGAUUCUAUCGCGAAAGGCGAAGCCUUGUGGCGCCUUUCGCAUACAGCAAUUGCGACUUCAUGGCAGAGUCUGAUUACCCAUCGAGGGCCGAAUGAUCCGUGCAAUGGACUUCAACUGGUUUUGGCUGCCUUGCUCGGACAGGUCUAUGCAGCACUUUCAAAGAACCGGGUUCUUCGAUCCACAUCGCAGAUAUUCCAUGCUCUCGGCUUCUCAUGGGCAAGACAUUGUGGCAUGUACGACAACGACACAUAUUCGAUAGACGAUUUACCUGCACUGGACGCCUCUCCAGCGGAUAAAGACCGCCAAUGGAAAAUUUGGGCUGCUCACGAGAUCCAGAGAAGAGUGCUCCUGGCCCAGUACAUCUUAGACGGCCUCGUCUCCUCGGCUAGUGGCAACCCUACCUCGACGCGGCACGCUGCUAACCAGCUUGGACUACCAUGCGAUGAAAGCUUGUUCGAAGCAAGUACUGCAGACGAGUGGCUGAUCAAGAUGCGAUCACAACCCAGGCAGAAUGUCUCAUUCCGCAGCAUUUUCCGAUCGCUAUUCUUACCAACUGAUAUCGGAAGACUGCCAGAGCACACCCUAACCUCCUUCUCAUUGCGUGUGAUCUUGGAGGGUGUGCAGUCACUUGUUUCAGACUCUACUGAUGGCCCGUCUGUUGGCGUCCCAACACGCUCUGAGAUCCGUAGGGCGCUGGCUCAAGUUCACGAAAGCAUUACCAAGAACAAUAUAUCCAAUCCUGAAACGCUUGAGGCUCUGUUGCGUUGGCAUUCCAUCUGCCUUGAUGCCGCCACAGACUCAUCCAUGCUCUGUCGCCAUCUGUGUGCUCGGUACAACAUUGCACAGCAUGUGCUAGGAGGUAGCAGAGGUUCGAAGGCAGGACUGGAUCUGGUCGCCUGGGCAAAGACUGAAGAUGCCCGCAGAGCGUUGCUACACGCUGUCGCGAUCCAGGAUAUCGUGGAGCAGCUUCCUCGCGGUCGUGCUCACGUGCUUCACAUGCCCAGCUCACUGUUCGCGGCAGCCACUGUAUACAGUGUCUUCUCGUUAGCAGGCCACACAACGGUCAAUCUGCCUCGUAUUGUGGACUGGAAGGAUGCGCUCUUCACCGAAGUCGAUCCUUGUGUCAUCCUCGGCGAUCUUGCGGGUACAUCGGCGGGAUCGAGCACGACGAGAAGAUUCGUUCGUGGCGAGAAGCUGUCCGGCAGCGGCUAUGAAUCUUUGACUCGCAACUUGUUGUACGAGCUCAACUCGAUGCAGAAGCUGUUCCGUUGCCUCAGCUCACAGUGGGGGGUUGCAUAUGACAUGGAAUCUCUUUUGAAUUCGUGGAUCUCGCUUUGUCAUUGA